GUAUGCUCACUGCGUGAUUUGGCCCUGUGCUGAUCACAUGCACUCUCCCAAGAGAGAAAAUACAACCUCUCUAGCAAUACACACCAAACUGAGCAUGUGCAGUGUCUCCACACAAUGUCGUAUCAGGAGAGAAGUGGAGGAUCAGAGAAGACAGAAUCAAACUGCUUUUUUUACACAAUGUGGAGGAUUAACCCCUUAGGUUCCACAGUUAGUAUAACAAGCAUGCUUUACUGCAGAUACAGACUGAUUUUACUGUUGUGGGUUUAGUAACACUUU